AUGGCGUGCCUGUUGGAGACCCCAAUCCGCAUGAGCGUCCUCUCGGAAGUAACAGCUAGCAGUCGCCACUAUGUUGACAGGCUAUUUGACCCUGAUCCCCAGAAAGUUCUACAAGGUGUCAUAGACAUGAAAAAUGCUGUGAUUGGAAACAACAAGCAGAAAGCCAACCUCAUUGUUUUAGGAGCUGUUCCAAGAUUGUUGUACUUGCUUCAGCAAGAAACCUCAAGUACAGAGCUGAAAACAGAAUGUGCAGUGGUAUUGGGAAGUCUUGCUAUGGGUACUGAAAACAAUGUCAAGUCUCUGCUAGAUUGCCAUAUCAUCCCUGCCUUACUGCAAGGACUGUUAUCUCUAGACCUGAAGUUCAUUGAAGCUUGCCUUCGAUGUCUGCGUACCAUCUUCACCAGUCCUGUCACUCCAGAGGAGUUAUUGUAUACAGACGCUACGGUGAUACCACACCUCAUGGCGCUGCUUAGCAAGUCCCGCUACACCCAGGAGUACAUCUGUCAGAUCUUCUCACACUGCUGUAAAGGUCCAGAUCAUCAAACAAUUUUAUUUAACCAUGGUGCAGUUCAAAAUAUUGCUCACCUACUAACCUCAGUAUCUUACAAAGUUCGAAUGCAAGCACUGAAAUGCUUUUCAGUUUUAGCUUUUGAAAACCCCCAGGUAUCGAUGACCCUGGUAAAUGUUUUGGUUGAUGGAGAAUUGUUACCACAAAUUUUUGUGAAGAUGUUACAGAGGGAUAAGCCUAUUGAGAUGCAACUCACAUCAGCAAAAUGUUUGACUUACAUGUGUAGAGCUGGAGCAAUUCGGACAGACGACAACUGUAUUGUAUUAAAGACAUUGCCAUGUUUGGUUCGAAUGUGCAGUAAGGAGCGAUUACUAGAGGAGAGAGUUGAAGGAGCUGAGACACUCGCCUAUCUGAUUGAACCAGAUGUUGAGCUACAGAGAAUUGCGAGCAUUACUGAUCACCUUAUUGCCAUGCUUGCUGAUUACUUCAAGUAUCCCAGCUCUGUGAGUGCCAUCACUGACAUUAAAAGGCUUGAUCAUGACUUAAAACAUGCUCACGAACUCCGCCAGGCUGCAUUCAAACUCUAUGCCUCUCUUGGAGCAAAUGAUGAAGACAUCCGGAAGAAGAUCAUUGAGACUGAAAAUAUGAUGGACCGAAUUGUGACUGGCUUGUCUGAGUCUAGUGUCAAGGUGCGGUUAGCUGCUGUCAGAUGUUUGCACAGUUUAUCUAGAUCUGUGCAGCAGCUUCGAACCAGUUUCCAGGAUCACGCCGUGUGGAAACCUUUAAUGAAGGUUUUGCAAAAUGCACCCGACGAAAUCUUAGUAGUAGCAUCUUCCAUGCUAUGUAAUCUUCUUCUUGAAUUUUCUCCAAGCAAAGAGCCAAUAUUAGAAUCAGGAGCCGUAGAGCUACUUUGUGGAUUAACACAAAGUGAAAACCCUGCUUUACGAGUGAAUGGAAUUUGGGCUCUUAUGAAUAUGGCAUUUCAAGCUGAACAAAAAAUAAAAGCAGAUAUUUUACGAAGCUUGAGUACCGAGCAGCUAUUCCGGUUAUUAUCGGAUUCAGAUUUGAAUGUGCUGAUGAAAACAUUGGGGCUUCUUAGAAAUCUCCUUUCUACUCGGCCUCAUAUAGAUAAAAUCAUGAGCACCCACGGAAAGCAGAUUAUGCAAGCCGUCACUCUUAUUCUGGAAGGGGAGCAUAACAUUGAAGUCAAAGAACAGACACUGUGCAUCCUAGCCAACAUCGCAGAUGGCACAACGGCAAAAGAACUCAUUAUGACCAAUGAUGACAUCCUGCAGAAAAUCAAGUAUUACAUGGGUCAUUCACAUAUCAAGCUGCAGCUUGCCGCAAUGUUUUGUAUAUCAAACCUCAUAUGGAAUGAAGAGGAAGGUUCACAAGAACGCCAGGAUAAAUUACGAGACAUGGGCAUUGUAGAUAUUCUACACAAACUGAGUCAGUCACCAGAUUCAAACCUUUGUGACAAGGCCAAGACGGCGCUGCAGCAGUACCUGGCGUGA